AUGCCCGAAGAUGAUAAAUACGAUGUGCUGGAGAAGAUUGGCCAUGGAUCCUUUGGCAUCAUUCGCAAGGUCAAGCGCAAGUCGGAUGGCUACAUUCUCUGCCGCAAGGAAAUCAGCUACCUGAAGAUGUCACAAAAGGAACGCGAACAACUGCAGGCCGAACUCUCCAUCCUGAAAGAACUGCGUCACCCGAACAUUGUCGCCUACUUCGAACGAGACCAUAUCAAGGCCUCGCAGGACCUGCACCUCUACAUGGAAUAUUGCGGCAACGGCGACCUGGGGCGCGUCAUUCGAGACCUCAAGAACAAAAAUCAAAUGUGUGAAGAAGAGUUUGUAUGGAGCAUCUUCAGCCAGAUUGUCAGCGCAUUGUACCGCUGCCACUAUGGCGAGGACCCUCCAGCGGCUGGCCGCAACGUCAUGGGUCUGGUUGGCAAUGCGAAGCCUGCUCGUGACCCGCGGAGACCCAUGAUCCUCCACCGUGACCUCAAACCCGAGAACAUCUUCCUCGGCGACGACAACUCGGUCAAGCUCGGUGACUUUGGCCUCUCCAAAAUCCUCCAAUCGCACGAUUUCGCCUCGACCUAUGUCGGCACACCCUUCUACAUGUCACCCGAAAUCUGCAAGGCGGAGCAAUACGGUCCCCAUUCGGACAUUUGGGCCCUUGGAUGCAUCAUCUAUGAAAUGUGUGCGAAGACGCCACCAUUCAACGCAAAGACCCAUUUCGAACUCAUCUCCAAGAUCAAGCUGGGACGCUACCCUGACAUCCCCUCCUGUUACUCCGCCGAACUACGCAAGGUCAUCGCCAGCUGCUUACAGACUACGCCCGACCACCGCCCAGACACUGCGGCCCUGCUGAACUUGCCUAUCGUAAAGCUGAUGAGGAAGGAACAGGAGGUCGUCAAGCUAGGGCAGGAUUUGAAGGAGCAGCGAUUGCUGACAGCACGGCGAGAAAAAGAGGCGAACGAGUCGAUCGCGAGGAUGCGAAAGGAAAUUGAUGACCAGCUGCGAAGAGAAUGGGAAGUCAAAGCACAGCUGGAGAUCGAGCGACAGGUAAAGCUCCAGACGGAUUACAGGGUACAGCGAGAGCUGGCACAUCUGCAGUCAGCCUUCGAAGAAGAGGUCAACAAGCGGGUGGAAGCAGCGCUAAAGAAAUAUCCAAACCGUCUGAGCACAUCACCACGGCUGGCUCCACGAUCGAGCACACCACUGCUCUCAGCGACAGAGCAAGGGACCUUGUUCCCUGCUGAUGAGCACAAGGUUGCCAAUGGCUCAGUCAGCACGUUGGAUUCCAAUUCCGACUUUGCGAGCGGAACAGACCUCUCCUCAUUAUCUCUGGAUGACUCCGUGAGCGAGGAUGUCACUGUCAAAGCCAAGCCCAAGCGACCUUCUCGAGCUCCUCUCUCUCGUGCCCGCACCAUGUGCGCAGCACCAGCACCACCAUCACCCAUGGACGUACACAUGGCUGAGCCGUCGCCCGCCCCACCCUCGCUCGCAGGCCUCUCUCUCUCUCCACGACGAAAUCAGCCAACACGCACCAACAUCUUCGCCGCCGCAAAGGAAGGUGCAAAGAAGUGGGAGGCAGAUGUUCCUCCAUCUCCAACGGAAGCAGAAUGGAACGGAGACUUCGAUGACGACGAUGACCUUCCCGUUCUACCGUCUCCAACACGCGCACGCAACGCAUCUGGCGGUCGUGUCAACGGUGACGAUCCAUUCAAAGCUCUUGCAAACGCUCAAGCACCGCUCUUAAAGCCUGGACAUCGCUUAGGAAGUACACCUAGCCUCUUGAAUCUCAAGAGUACGAAGCCUCGCCCCGUUUCCGCCGUCCCUAUCGUCGCCACAUCACCGGCCCGCGCACGACCAAAGUCUAGUGCAGACCUCGUUUCCACAUCACCACGCAAGGCCGGUCUCGCAACAAAAUCUGCGCCGCAUGUCGGGCUUCCGACAAAGAAGGGUAAUGAGGCGAUUCGCAUACAAGCCAUGCGUAACAACGGCGGUGUCCAGGGUCGCACGCUGGUUGAGCUGCAGCAGGCCCGUGGCAUCCCCGCCCAGACGAUGAGUGAAGACGAAGGAGCCGUGAGGAAAGGCUUCGGGUACGCUGGCCGCAAGAGCCCUCUCAAGGGUCGGAGCGGCGGUGCCAGCCCACCUGCAGUUUGGGACCCAGACACAGAGCUGGAGAUGCCAAGUCCGUUCAUUGUACGCAGUAAGAGAAUGGUACGGUGA